AUGUCGAGUAUAACUCCCCGUCGUACCGUCCUGAUAACAGGUUGUUCAGUCCACGGUCUCGGGCACGCGUUGGCAAUUGCGUUCCACAAUGCCGGGCUGCGAGUUUUCGCCACAGCGAGGAACCCGGAGAAGAUGAUGGGACUACGCGAAAGGGGGAUCGAGUGUCUGCAACUGGAUGUGCUCGACGAAGAGAGUAUUCAGAUGUGUGCGGAGGAAGUGAGACGGUUGACCGGGAAAGGGGAGAACGGGGCAGAAGGACGACUUGAUUGUCUUGUCAAUAAUGCUGGAGGAGGUUACAACAUGCCGGUGGCCGACAUCUCCGUGCCCGAAGCAAAAGCGCUCUUCGAUCUCAACGUGUGGUCCUAUAUCGCCGUCACGCAGGCGUUUCUUCCUCUACUCCUCCACGCAGCUAGGGAUGGAUCCUCACCAAGCCUCAUCCUCAACAACACGUCCAUCUCGUCCAUUGAGCCAACGCCGCACAACUCCGCCUACCACGCCAGUAAAGUCGCGGCGGCCAUGUUCUCGACACACAUGCGCAUCGAACUCCAGCCGUUCAACAUCCACGUGAUCGAUCUGAAGACAGGAUGUGUGCAUUCCAAGUUCCACGCGAAUCACCAGGACGGGAAUGCCACUCUGCCGGAGGGGAGUAUCUACGCGGUCGACGACAAGGUCAAGGAGAUGACAGAGGGGGCCAUGCGAGGAGCGUUCCCGGACAGGGAGGAUCCGGAGGUCUGGGCGAAAAACGUCGUGUCUGAUAUAACAUCGAGUUGGGAGAAGAAGGGAUGGUUGGGCGGAAGUGCGUUGCCGUUGGAGAUUUGGCGCGGGACGGGAGCGUGGAGGACUUGGUUCUACAACUGCACGUUCUGGCCUGUGGGCUGGUGGGAUGAGUGGUGGAGGAAGGCCGUUGGGCUGGAUUUGUUACGAGAGAGGCUCCGGCAGGUGUAUGGUGCGUAG